UAAAUUUUUAUUGGUUGCUACGACAGUUAAAAAUGUAUUCUCAUUCGAUUUUCGUAUAUAAACCAAAAUGAGAUGCUAUAUAAAGAAGUUAUUAUAUUAUCAUUAUUAUAUACAGUUUUGAUAUUUUAAUUUUAUAAAAUAUAUCAAAAUAGCAGAGUUUUUUAAUACUACAUCAAUAUCCUGAUUGUUUGUAAAACCUUUACAAGGUCUACAAUUGAAAUAGUUAAGUUAAUCAGUAAGUUAAGUUAAUCAAUUAAAUUUUGUAGAAGUUGUGCAAGGCCUCUCAAUUUCAGUAAUCUUAUAAAUAAUAGUUUGAGGACCCGCAUGUAGUUAACGUUUUACAUUAAAGAAAUAUGGAACAACAAAUAUUAGAAGACCGUCUGAAAGAAGCAGUCUGUAUUGGGGAUACGGAUGUAGUUCAGGAACUUAUCAAUUUAGGCGUCAAUGUUAACACGCAACGUAUUGGUUCCGGAUGGACACCAUUACAUUGGGCUUGCAAAAAAGGCUUUUUGGAUGUCGUUUCUUUACUUUUGAAGCAUGGUGCGGAUAAAAAGAUAAAGUCAGAAAAUGGAGAAUCAGUAAAAUCGUUAUGCUCCAAUGAAGAAAUUUUACAAUUAUUAAAUUCUGAUAUUCAAUGUAAUACAAAUGGACCAAUGAUACAUCAAUUUAUGCCUAAAUAUAAAAAGAAUGUAAUUACCAAUGUAGAUCCUAUGCAGCAUUUAGGAGUGAAUCAUACUCGAUAUGAAUUGAAAAAUAAUAACCAUUUGCAAGAUGAAUUAGUAAUAAAAGUACGUAUUGCAAAUGCACCUGAUCCUGACUUUGUGGAGGUUGAACUACCUAUGAAUGAUUUAACAUACCAAACAUUAAUACAGAUAUGUUGUGAAGAAUUUGGAUUAUGUCCAUAUCAAAUUUUGAAGUUACGAAAAUUACCAAAUACUAAACUGAGAAAAGAUAAAGACAUAAAACGACUUCAACACUUUCAAGAAAUUGAAAUAAUAACAGAUCCAGCAAAUGUAUAUAAACAUGUACAAUAUUCUAACAGUGUUCCUAAUAACAUUUCAUCUACACCAGCUAAUGGAUAUCAAAGUAUUUCACAUAAAGACCAAACUAUUUUAUAUUAAUAUCAUUUUUAAUUCAUUUAUAUUAAGGUUUGUGGAAAAUCAGAACAAAUAUUUUC